UUUAAAUCAAAUUAGAUUCUGAUUCCUCAACUUCUUGUUCAGUUUAAAUAACUAUGAUGAUCCGUGAGCCAACUCGCAGCAACGCUCGGCCCCGUUAACCCAGUAAAUUACUAAUCUGCGUGCCCCUCUUCUUUAUAUUAUUCUCGAUCCUGGCUAAUCUUUGCUGUCCCAACUCCUGCUAAACGACCCAACGACCAACCCUAUCUUUGGCCGUAUAUGCUGUAGCCUAUAGUCUAUGCUGCUAAUCGGCUGAAGACUAGAAAUUCAUUCCAGAAACACUCAGAGAGAGACCCAACCACACAGAUUUGAGAAGUCAAAAAACAAGAGACAUGGGGUUUUUCUCUUUUCUCGGCAGAGUUCUCUUCGCUUCCCUCUUCAUCCUCUCAGCCUGGCAAAUGUUCAAUGAGUUUGGUGAAAAUGGUGGCCCUGCUGUGACAGAGUUGAUUCCCAAGCUCGCUAUUUUCAAGAAACAUCUUUCGUCCCUAUUGGGGGUUGGGAUCCUGGACAUUGAUCCUAGACAUUUGGUAGCGGGGAUGAUUGCUCUAAAGGGUCUUGGAGGCUUUUUAUUCGUAUUCGGCAGCCCUUUUGGUGCUUAUCUCCUGCUUAUCUACUUGGUGUUUUCCUCCCCAAUUUUGUACGACUUCUAUAACUAUGAUCAGAACGAGUCCACGUACAUCAUUCUCUUAAAUGAAUUCUUGCAGAGCGUUGCCCUUUUUGGUGCGUUGCUUUUCUUCAUAGGGAUGAAGAACUUGAUUCCAAGGAGACAGCUCAAGAAGAAGACUCCCAAGGCGAAAGUGGGCUAGGCAUAUCAAAGAAGCAAACUUUAAAGAUUGGAUUAUUUGUUGAAAUUUUACAGGGUGUCUAGCGGCUGCACAUAUCAUAUAUUGAUGGAUGUUUCCCCAGCUAUUUGUAUGAUAACCCAAAUCUGUAGUUUGUUGUUGUGGGGGGUUUUACAUUUAGAGUCCCUUUUUCACUAGGUUAGGUGUGAUAUUACCAUUUCAAAUACUGAUUUGGCUCGAUAUACGUUCAUUUUGUCUAGUGAAAUUUAUUUAUUAUCUGUCAA